UGCGUAAUUUUUUUGGAUUAUGGAAUCCUCAUCAAGUCGAAGCAGACGAAAUUUUGUUUUCUCCCGGAUUUUCUCCACCAAAGGAAUUAGUAAAGAUGUUUGCCGUGGACUUUAAAAAUGAGGAUGAAGUCAAAGAUUACAUCAAGAAUGUUGGAACAGAAUAUAGCUUUCAGUGCUAUAAGGAAAAAACGCCCGAUGGUUGUUACAGACUUGGGGAUUUCUUUUCCGCUGUAAAGAAGGAUUUCUCCCAGGCAGCCAACGCGUAUCAGAAGAGCUGUGAUGACUUCAACCACCCGAGGGGGUGCAGCAAAACUGGAGCUUAUUAUCUUCAUGGAAAAGGUUUUGAGAAGGACAAAGAGAAGGCACUCCAUUACUUCACCAAAGGCUGUAACCUAGGCAAUCAAGAUGCUUGCUUUGGGGCUGGCUCUGUCCUUAUGUCUUCCAAGAAUGGUACCCCAGACUCCACUUUAAAACAAGACAGGGACAAAGGCCUCAAGCUGCUUGAGACUGCCUGUAAAAAGGAUCACCAGGCAAGCUGUUUCAACCUGAGCGCUGUCUACAUCAAGGGGUUGAGCGGAGUGGAGAAGGAUAUGAAGAGAGCGAUUGAGUAUUCGACGCGGAGUUGCGAACUGGGACACAUGUACGGUUGCGUGAAUGCAAGCAGGAUGUAUAAACUGGGGGAUGGCAUCCCGAAGAAUGAAGCACUGGCGAUUAAAUUCAAGGAGAGGGCGAAGACGCUGCAUGAGGAAGCCCAGGAAGUGAAUAGGCAGCUUCACUUUGGUCAGACGUCAUGAUCUUGCCAUUCACGCCAUUCUGAAGGUGACUCUGAUUUAAACUGGAAUCUCUUUUGACGACAGAAAACUCUUCAACUUAAAUGGAAAUCGACUUAGAAGAUUAUAUGUUUUGCAUAUUCUGCUCUGAAAUGAUGCGUUGAGUUAGAUGAUUAUUUGGCUUGAAGAAGAAUGAUUUAUGCAGAGUCUCAGUGAACAUAAUCUUGGUACUUGCCCAUAAUCUAGGAAGAAGCUGCAGCUAUGCUUGCUGUUAUGGUAAACUUAAGCAAUCCCUCUGAUGCAGCAAUACUACAGUUACAGACUAUUCACUGACUGUACCCUCUCGUCUUGCUCUAGUUUCUUUUUCUCUUCAUUAAAUACAAUUUGGUAGAGGGUUUUUCAUACAAAAAACUCAUACCAGAAAUUUUUCAAUAAAAGAAAACAACAACAACUACAGGAAAACAGGAUUGUUUAGAUGCUGGCUGCAGCCAAUGUUUGUAGCCUUAUCAUAUCAGACAUAUCUCAUGCGUUUCGCAUUUAACAGUAUCAGACUCUUAAAUACAAAGAAAAUAGUUGCAGUCUCUACUCGGAUUAUAGGCUGUCUUUGUACCAUUGAACAAACAGUCGAAUGAGUUAAAGAAUAAUUACCCUAUGAAAAAUUAAUUUUGUUCUUCAACUAUGUAGAAUUGAAAUGUGAGAUAUAUUGAUUUUUAUCUGAAAAUAAAAGUUAAAUUCAUUUCUAUUUAUAUAGAUUUGUGUUAUUGUUUAGGGAAAUAGGAGCUAUGCCUAUUGCCUAAGUGAUACUCAAGAGUCAAUCUGCAAUUGAUCAUUACAACUUUUAACAUCAUUUUUGUCAUAUUAGUGGCCCAUGUUUCGGGUGUUCAAUGGGGGGGGGGGGGGGGGGGGUUAUUUCAUUAACGUAAAGUAUAACUAAACAUCGCAUGUAUAUUAUUAUGACAUAUAAUAUAUUACCACGUGUGUAUGCUUUUGCAUACUUCGCUCUCCUUUAAUAAGUUCCCAAUCAAAUAAUGGCCUUGCCCCUAUGAAUUACUUCUUUGAGCCCUGCUAGACCAUACGAGGAAUUAUCCAACCUAAAUUGGACAAAGGGGGUGUACACUAUGGCCCGUAUUUUAAAGUCGAGUUUAACUUAGACCUUGGUCUAACUCUGUGCUAAAAUUAUGGAAAGCCAAAAAUGUCAAAAAUUGGUUUACAUUGUAUGUUUCUUAUGUUUACCUUAAUCUUCCCUACUUCUUUAAUGGUGAAGACAAUGAUUAUAAUUGAUAUUUCCUAGACAGUUAGUAAUGAUCUGAGAGUCAAAUUAACUGAUACAUUGAAAUUAUACUGUCAGAUUAUUAUGCGACUAUUGGCUAUCCAUAGUUAAACCACAACUUCAAACCAGAGUUUAAAUUAAACCUGACUUCAGAAUACGUGCCCAUAGGUCAAGUGACAUCUGGUUGUCGAAAUGUUAGAAUGAGUGUUCACUGUCAUGUCACUGACAGUGUGUUUUAAUAAAAUGAAAAUUCAUUGAAUUGAUAAUAAACUAUUUGAAUUUAUUUAAA